AUGGUCGAAACGUCGAUCCGUCACUUGACGCUCAAGUUCCCGAUGCUGCAGCCACCGUCUCCCCUCCUGGAGAUGGCGUCCCUGCGACUACCGGACUCGGAGGAGUUUGACGUUGACACGCGCCGCAGGAGUAACAACGGCAACGUGCCGGCCACGACAGUCGCGAGCGCGCCGCCGGGUGCCGGCACGCUGCUGCAGAUGAGGAACGACCUCGGCGACUACCUCAACAACCUCAUCACGGAGGCGAUCGCGACGGCGGGCCCGCGCGCCACCAUGGAGGACCAGGCCCACGGGUUGUUCAACGCCAGCAAGAAUCUGUCGGCGAUCGAGCACGCGCCCGACCGGAUCUACAGGCACAGCAUGGCGAUGUCGGCGGUCUACUGCGUGGCGUACGUGGUCGUCUUCGUGGUCGGCCUGAUCGGCAAUAGUUGCGUUAUCGCCGUGGUGUUCCGCUCGCCCCGCAUGCGGACCGUCACGAAUUUCUUCAUCGUCAAUCUCGCGGUGGCCGACGUGCUCGUCAUCGUCUUCUGCCUGCCGGCCACGUUGAUGAGCAACAUCUUUGUCCCGUGGAUCCUGGGAUGGUUCAUGUGCAAGGCGGUCGCUUAUAUACAGGGCGUCUCCGUGGUGGCCUCCGUCUACAGCCUGGUCGCGGUAUCCCUGGACAGGUUUCUGGCGAUCUGGUGGCCGCUGAAAUGCCAAAUCACGAAACGGCGAGCUCGCAUGAUGAUCGUCGUGAUCUGGUUCAUCGCCCUGACAAUGACGUCACCCUGGCUGCUGUUCUUCGACCUGGUCUCCAUCUACGACGACGAUCCCAACGUGCGUUUCUGCAUGGAGACGUGGCCGCAUCCGGAGGACGGCUCGCUCUUCUUCCUGAUUGGCAAUCUGAUUCUUUGCUACGUGCUGCCGAUGAUACUCAUAUCCCUCUGCUACAUUCUCAUCUGGAUCAAGGUGUGGCGGAGGCACAUACCCACCGAUACUAAGGACGCCCAGAUGGAGAGGAUACAGCAGAAGUCAAAGGUGAAGGUGGUCAAGAUGUUGGUCGUGGUCGUGAUACUCUUCGUCCUCUCAUGGCUGCCUCUUUACGUAAUCUUUACGGUGAUCAAGUUGGGUGUUGUGGCGGAGAGGGAGGACGAGAUCCUGCCGAUCGCCACGCCGAUUGCCCAGUGGCUGGGCGCCAGCAAUUCCUGCAUAAACCCGAUCCUCUACGCUUUCUUCAACAAGAAAUACCGGCGCGGCUUCAUCGCCAUCCUGAAGAGCGGCCGGUGCUGCGGCAAGCUCAGGUACUACGAGACCGUCGCGAUGAUGUCCUCCUCGACGAGCAUGAGAAAGUCCUCUUACUACGUUAACAACAACAACAACAACUCGUCGACGAGACGUGCCUGGCACGGACCGCCGGUCCACCAGGACAGCAACGUUUCCUACAUAUUCAAUCACACCGGCGUGUAAUUGUAGCCGCGCGAGUCGAGGCUGCCCCGAGGUGACCUCGCUUUAUUGUGCAGAUUUGAUAUACUCGAUCGACGGUGGACAAACUGAAGGAGGACGCGGUUGCCUCUGCAUCUCGAUCGGCCGCUCUCACGCACGGUCGAAAUCUGGCCCAAGUCCAGCCAGUCCGAGAAUUACGGAUCAUCUUGCGCGGAUGAUCGACACGAUUGUUACUCGGGCCGGAAGUCGUCAAGGUCGGAAAAAUGAACGCGGGCGAAGAAGAAGCCUUUUCCGGCGGACCACGGAGCGAUCGUCGCCCUGCCAUUGUCCUUACGAAAGACGUUGUUACUUGGAUUUUUUGUCACAAUGUUAGCCACUGCGUACACGUCAUAUACUCUAGUUGUUAAGACGAGUUCGCCGCUGCGAGCGCGCGGUUGUGCAAUUGUUCGCCUAACGACACGACGAAGUAGCUUUCUAGGUGAUCCAGGAGACGGGAUUUACGCUUCAAUGAACCUUAGAACUUCUUCUAUGUUCGAGAUAUUUGUACGGUACGUUUCAACGAGGAGCAUAGUUAGGUCUACCAAUUAAAUGUAAAGCAGGACGGAGUUUGUUACGAUUGCGACCGGUGCAUGCGCCCUUGUGUGUCGAGUACGUAAUUAGCGCGACAGCGGUGAGUGGCGAUGAUGCCGGGAUGAUGAGUCGCGCGAGCGCGGAACGGGUUGAGUCGUUGUCUCUUCACAGUAGACACACGGCACUUCCGUCAUGACAAACAAUUAAGCCGCGUACGGUCCUCGUCGGCGGGAUACCUGCGUAAUUAAGGGGGAACAAGUGGAGGUGUGUGCGCGCCAAUUAACAAGGCGGCUUCAUCGAGUACGGCGGAAGAGGCAUAGUGUAAGAUUCGAUUUCGGUCCACAUUGGUUCACGCAGAGCGGUCUUCGGGAGGAAUGAGACGCCGGUGAAGCGAAUCGCGUGAGGUUCUGGUAUGUAUCGCGUGCCGCAAGUUUACUAGCGAACGUUUGACCACCGGUUCGUUGCGCCAAAAUUCGAGACUAGGCAACGCGAUUUUGAGACGAACGGGCACACAAUAAUUUGCCGAUUGUUAUCAGUGGCCAGUAUUAUAUUUUUCAGGAAGAAAUAUUAGUCACGGUUGGUUUCCCUGUAAGACGAUAACUUACGCCAUUCUAAAAUGUGCAUUUGUAACGUUUCUUUGUACUCUUCGUUCUAGAAUAUAUUUAUCUGGUGUAGAAUAGAAUAAGAGGAACAAUUAAUUUGGGUAGUAAUGAGUUAAUUGGAUCUUUGUAAAUACUAUCAGCACGCGCAAUUUGUCUCAUACUUGAAAUUAUGAUGAAAACUAUAAUAGGAUUACAUACGUAUAUUUUCCUACCGAGACUUUAAUCGGAAGUAUAUCUGUUUGUGGUCAGAGCGACGUUAUUAUUUUCUAUACUUGUGCGACUCGUGCCAAGGAUACGAAAGAGAAACUUAUCGCAAUGCAAAUGUCUGCGAGAUAAAAAUGGCUGAACGAUCUCCUUUUUCCGACGUCCUUUGGACGUCUUUUUUUCUUUCAAGAAAUUUCUUGCAGUCUUAUAUCAUCGGGAGAUCAGCGGAAGUUACCAGGCGGUGGUCGAAGUAGAAUGUAUCGCUGUGUCACCGACGUUUGUUCCUUCUUGCUGGAUUAAUUGACAGGGUUUUCUCGAGCUUGAUUGUUCGCAGCACUGCGUUUGCACAUCCACAGAUUUGCCCGGAUUGUCCGAGGGCAAUUCCCGUAGCCUUUUGAAACCGCGACGUUUAUCACGCGCUUGUUCCAGCUCGCUGUUUCGCUGCACCUGAUCUGUCGACGAUAAACGGAGAAAAAAAGCGUACUUUGUCCACUGCGAUCAGAUCGUGGAUUUUCGCGCGCGUUGUAACGCGACGAUCGCAUUACCUACUCGUUACAUUUUAGGGCCGAGAUGAUCGGCUCUUGCGUUUUUCCCCAGGAACAGCGGGAUUACCUUGAAUCCUUGUAGCCGUAAGAUGGUAACGCCGUAAGCGAAUUGUCGGAUUUUACGGUAGAGCAAUUAUUUUCGUAAGGUUUUUAUACGAGAGACAAGGCGAAGCUGUAGAAAUAACUGCAGAAUUAUUACAAGGCCAUCGAGGCUAUUCCAAUUCAUAUCCAUCGGUGGCGAUUAAGUGUAACAAAGAUAAUAAAAUGAAAGCAGAGCGCGGCCGACAGCGAUCAACUUGAGAAAUGUAGGAACAAUCGGGAUUUGAAAUUGAUACGGUUUACUGCUAGGUCAAGUUUUGAUGCUAUGGACACUUACACAUAUGUACGUGCGCGAUCGCGCGCGACAUGAUCUCUAAGUAUACACAUAAGUUGACGCGAGACGCGCUCCUCGGUGUCUGUAGCAUCGGCAAUUGAUGCUGAAAUUAUGUCGGUUGCAAUACCUGGCGAUAAUCUUGGGCUGCAGCUAUACAAUAUAUACAUAUAUAUGAAAUGGCGAACGUGUAACGAGUAAUCAAGUGGUACGAGCAUCAAUAUAAUACACGUAGUAUGCAUGUAAGGAUCAAACGUAAGUCUAUCCGCUCUGUCUGCAUGUACAUAUUAUAUGUAUAUCUACCGUUGCUACGUUGUUAUUGAAUACACAUUGACACUUGCACACGUUUACACGCGUUCCAGGUUCACGUUGGUUCCGUCAAGGAUCUCUUUUAUACCGUAGAAUGUAGACUGUUGAUUAUUAUUAAUUGAUCGUCGAUCUUUGUCGCACGCGCGGAGUAUCUUCUAUACGCACACAUUUUCACGGAACUUUCGUAACUUUCCGAAGCUUUUGUUUACAAGAUUGCAAGGCAAUUAACGAAACGUGUAUUCUCCCGCUGGGAGAAUUGUAUCUCUGCGUUUGACUUUUUUUCCCCCCGAGAACUGCAUUGAGUAACUGUUUACGCUAAAUUGUUUAUUACGAGACAAUGAACGUUUCGAUCGUUGGGUUGAGAACUGUUUGUUGCAUUUGUAAAUUAGAUACGUGCGAGGAGAGGUUGUAAUAAAUAAAUGUAAAGAAAGCUUUCGUAAUAGCGCUAUGUAAAGUGAAAUUGGAAUCUUGGUACGUUUGAAUAUCUGAACAUUUAGAUGUUACUGCAAUUCGAUUUUCAGACUCGAAUAACUCUAUUUGAGAUGAAAUAAAUAGCCGAGUAAUUCGAGUACUUCGAAUAUCAUGAAUAUUUUCAGAUAAUUGCAUUAUUGUCGUAUUUGUACUGUCACUUUGCAGUAUGUAUAUUUCCAUAUUUAUUAGACUUGUGAUACUUUUGACCAAUUUAACACAAUUUGUACAUAUUCGAAUAAAACGCAUGAUACAUCUCGAUAUUCAGAUACUUGAAAUAUUCAGCUGUCUUUUGUCGGAAAUCGACGGGAAAUGUUCAAGUGUUAUCGAAUUACACGAAUAGCAGAAUUACUCGAACAUUUACAGCCCCUAUUCACGUUUAAGUUUUGUCAUCAAAAGCAGUAAGGAAGUUUCCGGACUAACGCUAUGAAAGAAUAAUUGACUAAUCCUAUUCACGGUUAUUCCCUUCACAGUAAUCCCCUUAAGUAUUAACUCUUAACUAAUAAAGAAAGUUCAGAAAGUUCAACACAAUUAACGAUGAGUGUCUCUUAGUUUCUUUACUUUCUUUAAAUUUCUUCUCGCGUGGUUUUCGGGAGACGUAAUUAAUUUUUGUUUGUGAUUAUCCAAGAACACGAAAAAUAAAAAAGAUUAUUUAUCAGGUUACAAUAAUAAUUGGAAAGCAAAAUUCAAGUUCUGGAAUUUGAGCAAUUUUAAAUGUCUUAAGGAUUGAACAAACGACGAUCAGUUCAAACCUGUUUUUCAUACGGGCAUUAAAAUAGUUGAGUCACAUUUUUCAUGAUUCUUGAAGCAUUUCAAAUAUCCAGAGAACCUGCCACAACCAUUUUGACAACAAUACGUUUCAUCACGUGGUACUGUAAUAACAUAUGUUCGAGAAAUUCAUGAUCACGCCUUAAUAACGACAAGAACAAGUCCUUGUUAACAACACUGUCCCUUGAUUGGAUUUAAUAUUAAUUUGAAACAUUACCGAUAACACGUUUUACACAGGACAAAGUACACUACUGGUUGUCUGCCAGGGAUUUUAUCAAACGUAACUAGGUUACAAGAUACAGCGAAUUUAUAUCAUAACAAUGUAUCGCGUGUGUCGCAUAUUUCUACUUGGCGUUAGUCCCCAGCAUGCAAUCAUUUUGUUUGAUCAUUGCGCUAAUUCAGAAAUGCGAAUCAUCCAUUUAAGAAUGAGUCAUAUUGACGAGCAUUCGAAAAAUAGUAGUUUCAAAAUAAUUCGAUAAUUAAUGUUUCAUCAACGUUAACUAUACAAAAGAUCGAAAAAUGUUUUAUGCAUUUGAUCAAUGGUAAAAGUACGUUUAGUGAAUUAAACUAAUGAUAAUUUAAAAAAAAUUUCUUUGAAUAACAGAAAGAGAUACUUUCCUUCAUAGUUUUGUUAGAGCGUUUCAUUAAAAAGAUGCCUUUAUCAUAAAAUCGCCAGUAUAAUAUGUUUACUGAUAUCGUGAAUCGUUUACGGGAUAUCUCGAGAUGAGUUGAAGAUACCGUCUAAAAUUAAUUCCCAGAGGCUGCGGGAAAAUUGCGUAGAGUAUCUGAAGCCGACGCUUAAAGGUUAAUCCAUCGUCGUGAGCCUAUUUUUUCUGAUAGCGCGUGAGAUAUGCGAGGGAAGGCGAUAAGCAUGAACUAGCGUUUCUCGUAGACAUAAGCAUUCUGUUAUACAAUUUUUUAUAAUCGUCCGCGAGACACUCCCUGUUAUAUUCUUAGGUGUAAUAAUCUCGUGUCUUAAGCGGGACGCGAGAUACGAUAAUUAAGCGUUUAAUUGAUAGGACGUAUUUACGGUCAUUGGUAUAUUAUUAGUAGCGGUUACGUGCGAAGCGGCCAAGCAUGUUUAAUGAUGUCGGCAGAGCCUUGGUACGAGCGAGAUUUCCACGUCGAGAUAUCAGAUAUGCACAUCCGUUUGUAGCGACUUUUUGUACAUUUAAAACACCUUCUUUGCUCUUUGUAUCAAAAUACUAAACAUAUUUGUGCGACAGAGAUGUUAUUUACCUGUUCACCACAAUCAUAAAUAGGUUUGUGCAAAAGGCGACGGAACAGAUUGUCAUAUUUGUCGAAUAAAAGUAAAAACUAGAUUCGAUUUUUACUAACAAA